AGCCGCCCUCGUAACCUCCUCAUCCUUGGUGGUGUCCUCGUUGGUGCUGCCUUCGUCCCUACUCCUGGAUCAAAGACCUCGUAUGCGCUCUUCUCUUGUCUCUUCCCAUCUCUCUAGGAAUCACUCCCUGUGCUCUGUGGAGCGAUCACAUACCUUGCGCAGUUGUCACUGCGUUGCAUCUCUCAUCAAAUACAUCGUUCCAAUCAUAUCGGCAUCAAUCAAGCACCCACUAACUCAAUACUCAAUUAGCAACCCCUUCGAGACCCAAGGCACAAAGAACAUCGGAGCCCGCUGGUCAGCAGGUGGUGGCUCAGAUGUCCACACCCCUGGCGCCGCAACCCCUCGCGGAAACGCAGAGAACACAACAGAGAACCAGGACAACGCCUCAGGCAUUCGCAGCGAACACUUCCAGGAGCACCAGAUCUCCCAACGUCCCGGCGAGCCCGGUCCUUUCGACAAGGCCUGGAACAAGGCUCACUACGGCACCGAGAAGGGCAAAUAG